AUGGAGCAGAAUCCAUCUCAAGGACACCUCACAACAUCGGCCUCUGCCUCAUCAUCGUAUGUGCCACUGCCUGGCCACCCUCAACCGCCACCAACGCAGCCAGUGAAUGGGUUUGUAGCCCAAGUGGCACCACCUGCACACCACUUUGGUGCUGCCCCCCGGCGAGGCUUUGUUGGAGAUUGCUCAGGGCGGAUGCUCAUUGGGCGUGUGCGGGGGUGCGAUAGCCGACUCCACCGUCUCCCCGCGCUGCUGCUGCUGAUCUCAGCCAAUGAUAGGCUCGCCCUACCCGCCCAUGUCGAUUACGUCAGCCACACCGACUGA